UCCUUCUCCCCUUAUUAGACAUUCUCUGUCUAUAUGCACGAAAACAUUAGUUUAAUGGGGAAUAGUCGCACAUGAAACCUUCAAAGAACGGAUUGUUAACGCUCUGUAUGUGAAUGGUUAAAACGCUAAGGAAUUCUCCUACAUUAAGGGGAGGCGGCUCAACAUGGAAGACUGUUUACACACCUCAUCCGACAACCUGGCCAAGUUGGUCAAGUGGGCGCACAGCCACGGCACCAUCUGCACCCUCAUCCCCAGCCUCAAGCACCUGCUCACCGAGGGUGCCCAUGGCAACCUCACCGCGCUCUGGGGUUGCGGCGCGGGCCACGCCUACCACUGGCCCCUCACGGCCACCUGCAAGACGAGCCAGAAGGAGCGCGUCUGCUACCCGGACAGCCGCAGCAUCAACGCGGAGAGCAUGAUGCAGGGGGGCCCGGGCGGGGCGGGCGCCCAGCGGGAGCGCUUCCUGGAGCGCGGCGCCAAGGGCAAGAGCAACUGCGUGCAGCCGGGCGACUCGUGCGACUUCUCCAACUGCAGCGAGCAGUCGGAGGCGGACGACAACGCCGAGGAUUACAACAGCAACCUGUUCGACAUCGUCUGCGAGUCGUCGGCCACCGACGAGGACGGGGACUCCGAGCCCCACCACCAGCAGCACGCCAUGCUCCGCAAGAGGACUACCCCUGGUGGAGGUGGAGGAGGAGGAGGAGGGGGGGCAGAGGAGCGCUCGGGAGACCCCGUCCUGAAGAAGAUCAAGCAGGAGACGGCGGAGGACUACUACACCGUGGCCAACGCCCAGCUGGCGGCCGGCGUGCUCUCCGAGGGCGGCCCCUCGUCCACGGUGGUCUCUCAGUCGCCGCGGCCGAGCUCCCUGACCCGGCCCUCGUCCCACUCCUCCCUCUCCCACAAGCUGUCGUCGGCGGACGGCGACUCCCUGGGCGUCUCCCCCUUGCCCAUGGGCAGCGGCUCCUCCCCGCACCCCCAGACACUGCUGCGGCCCAUGCGCGCCCCUGGCCACGUCGCCCAGGGCAAAGCGCCCGGGCAGAGCUCGGGCACCCCAGCCGGAGCCUUACCGCUGCCCAGCAAGAGCGAACUGCUGGACAGGAUGCCCGGGGACGAGCUGUCCAAGUCGGGCGUGUCGUACGGAGAGCUGGGCGCAGGGAUGAACCCAGACCUGGAGCUGAUGACGGGCCAGGCCUUAAACGCCGACUCCAGAGCGGAAGCCUCGGGCUGUUUGGGUUACUCCACCCAAGCGAGAGGCUCAACAGAGGGGUCCAUGUCAUUUUUCUAUAACUCCACUAACGAGCUGUCUGUCCAAGGCAAACAGCAGCUCGAAGAAUUUGUUUCGAGUAUAGAUCCCGGCACUCUGCACAGCCUCCAGGCGGUCAUCGGUAAGAUCCUCUCUCUACGUGAGCGAGCGCCGGCCCAGCACUCACAGCGGGUCAAGCGCCCUCGCCGCCGUAGCCUUCACCAACCACAACCACAACCACAACCACAACCACCACCACCACCAAAUCUACACCCACACCAGCCCCAGCCCCAGAACAGUGCGCCCUUGCUUGGGCAGAUGUGGGAGGAGCGCCCCCUGGAGGUGGUGGGUCAGGGGCGGGCGGGCCACAGCUCUCCGGGGCCUGGUCAGCAGGAGCUGUACACGGGCUGCGGCGUGUACCUGCCCACCGUGCGGCUGGCCGCCAUGCACCAGGAGUCCCGGCAGGACUGCAUGCGCCUGUUCCACCAGCUGUUCGAGCACUUCUUCAGCGAGGACGACCUGGUCGGGGCCGUGGCCUUUGGGAAGAGGGGCAAAGUGCCCAAGGGCAAGAAGGUUCUGGACCGAAGGAUUGUGGACGGAAUUAUCACGUAUGUGCUCCGCUGCUCCUCGCUGGACGGCUGGACGGCAGUGGACUCGUCCAAGCUGAAGAAGGCCUGCAUCAACAAGUGCAGGAUGAGGAUGAGCCAGCGCAGGAGGCUGGGACAGAUGACCUUCUUUAACCCUGAGGACUAUAUGAUGGGGACCUCAGACCUGCAGCCCUCAGUCGACGACGACUUUUUGUCUCCGGCGCUGUUUGAGAUCGAGCGUCUGAAGGCGCUGCUGCAGGCGGAGAAGAGCAAGAGCGAGAUGAUGGGCGAGACCAUCAGCAGCCUGAAGCAGGACAAGGAGCUGCUGCAGCAGGAGCUCACCAAGAAGGCCGAGCUCAUCUGCGACUUCCUGCAGGACCAGCUCAGGCCAGAAAAAAGGAGGCCUCAUUCGUCCAAUCAGAUGGAACCAGGAAGCUCUCAUCAGCUAAUCAACAACUACGCUGAGGAGGGGGGCGGGCAGUUUGAGUCUGCUGCCCUGUUCGACUCCUUCGAGGAAGUGGAGCUUCACCCCCUGGACAGACAGAGGAUCAAGAUCUCCAAGAGAUGUCGAGAGGGGGAGAACACUCGAGUCCGCAUGAAGAACGUGGUGGGAGUGAUUGCGCGGUACAUGGCCGCCCUGCAGGAGUUCCGCCGCAGCGUCUCCAUGAAAGUGGCCUUCGACCGCAUCGGCGUGGACCGCAACACCAUCUCGCGCACGGCGGCCAUCGCCGAGCUCAGCCUGGCCGCGCCCGAAGUCUUCCACGCGCUGCCCCCCUGGGACGAGAAGGAGGAGACGCUCGCCCACUACGCCGUCCGCUGCCGGCAGGCCAUGGACGACAACAUCAAAGCCAAGAUCAAAACCAUGAAGGCCAAGGGGGAGCUCCUGCCCAUCGUCAAGAUGGAGGACCAUAGCGAGGCCUACCGCGAGAUGGAGGAGCGUAACGAGGCCUACCGCGAGAUGGAGGAGCGUAACGAGGCCUACCGCGAGCAGAACGAGAAGACCAUCCGCAGCACCCAGACGGCCAUCCGCAACUUCCGCGACUUCCUCAUCGCCAAGUACCCGGCCGAGAUCCGCGAGAUCUACGCCAUCCCGCCGCAGGAGCUGGACGCCUACCUGGCCUCGUUCUUCGUGGACGCGCGCCAGAAGGACGGCUCCGAGUACGAGCCCAACAGCCUGGCCAACUACCAGUGUGGCCUGGAGCGCUACCUGAAGGAGCAACGCUACCACUACAGCAUCACCCGCGACAAGGAGUUCCGCCGCUCGCAGGAAGCCCUGAAGCAGAAGCAGCUGGAGCUCAAGUUCAAGGGCAAGGGCAACAAGCCGCACAAGUCCAUGAAGCUGACCGUGGCGGACGAGCUGCUGCUCCGCAAGAGGGGUCUCCUGAGCCGCUACAACCCCGAGGGGCUGCUCAACCUGGUGUGGCUCAACAACACCAAGGCGUUCGGCCACUGCACGGGCUUCCACAGCUCCACGCUCAAGUGGGGCGACAUCCGGCUCGUCGCCUCCGAGUCGGGCCCGGAGUGCCUGGAGUGGACCUACCAGGACCCGAGCGACGCCAACGCCAAGACGCGACGCUCGGGCACGGAGUGCCGCAUCUACGCCACGCCGCAGAGCGGCCACACGUGCCCCGUGCAGGACUACAAGGAGUACGCGCAGCGCCGGCCGCAGGCCAUGUUCUACGAGGACGCGCCCUUCUACCUGUCCAUCAAGCCCGUGGUCAACCUGGCGGCGCUGCACUGGUUCAACUGCCAGGCGCUGGGCAAGAACAAGCUGGCCAAGAUGGUGAAGACCAUGUGCGAGAAGGGCAACAUCCCCGGCCGCCGCACCAACUUCAGCGUCUACCAGAGCUGCAGCUCGCUGUCCGAGGCGCAGAGCAAUCAGCUGGUGCUCAUCUGCAACAACCUCAGCCAGCAGGCCGGCCAGUCCAUGAGCGGCCACUCAGGAGGGCCCACUAACUUCGUCAUCGCCGGGUCCUUUGACCCUGCUGACGCCAUGUAGUCCCAGACUGACCAGUGGUCAGAAAAUAUAACCCCCCCCC